AUGGAGACUGUUGAGAAUGGAAAGCAGAAUACCAAGAGAGAGAGAGAAGUUGUUGAGAAUGGGAAGCAGAAUAUCAAGAGAGAGCAAGCAGUUGCCGUCUACUCUGCUGUAGAUGAUCAGCCCUCUCUUUGGGUAAUUGUAAAGAGACAGCGAGUUGACGAUGACGACGAGGAGUACUUGAGAAGGAGAAAUCUGCCACUUGGGUUACGGCAUGGGUUCUUUCCCGACGACAAUGUACUAAUUGAGGAGUACUUGAAGCCCAAGCUGUUUAACCAGCCCCUCCCAAAAAACCCGAUCAUCGACAUGGACAUAUAUCUCCACAGCCCUGAAGUUCUUGCAGAUGAUGAAAAUCAAAUUAAGGAAUGGUACUAUUUUACUCCAAGAUAUCGAAAGUACCCAAGAGGAAGUCUUCGUCCAAGGCGAUCAGCGGGUGAUGGAUACUGGAAGGCAACUGGAGCUGAGAGGCAAAUUAAAGAUAAGGUAAACACCAUUAUUGGGUUUUCUAAAACACUGGUUUUCUACAAAGGAGAACCUCCAAAGGGUCAGAAGACCAAUUGGAUUAUGCGUGAAUAUAGGCUCAAUCCUCCUCCUCCUCUCAGAUCAACCAAUGACAUCAUGAGACUAGACGACUGUGUUCUAUGCAGGAUCUAUCAGAAGAAAGAGGGGGUAGUGAUCAAGGCAGCUACAUCCGCCAUAUCUUUGUCGAAUGGUGGACUGCAGCAGGCCCAAUUGAUGCAUCAACCUCCGUCGUCGUUCGAUCGAUAUCAUGCACUUACGUGA